AUGUCUGAUAAAUUUGAAUCACUGUGCGAAUUUCUGAGAAAUGUUCCAUUAACUCAAAUUACUAACUCGAGCAUACUAUAUCAAUUGUGGAGUCUUAACGACAUCCAAACGGAAAAAAAUGAUUAUAAAUGUAUCAUUAGACUAUUACAUAAAGUGGAAGAUGAGGAUGUGAGCAACGACCGUAAAGAACAUCUUAGAUUAUUGCAAGAUAAUAAUCAGAUACGAUAUUGCAGAAAUGAGCUGAUAUCGUUGAUGGAUGCAGGUUUAUUGAAGAAACAAUUCAAAAAAGACAAUUGGAGAGAGACCGCGAAUAAUAUAGCAAUCGUAAAAACAAUGCUACAGAGUGAAAAUACACCAAUUCAUAAACAUAUUCUCAAAGAAUUGAACAAAAUAAACAUUACUGAUUUGACAUUCAAUGACCCAUUGUGUAAUGGAAUUAUUGAUAUCAGUUCUAAUAGAUUUCAAAUUAACGAAAGCGAUUAUAAAAUUCUUACGGGAAAAAAUGUUAAUAAAGAAAUUAAACAUUAUAAUAAAUUCGUAUUGAUGUCGACGACAGAAAAAGUAACUUAUGAUCAGUGGACAGAAAACGAAUACGACCGAGAACGUAUAGCAAGAGACAUUACUAAUAUCCUCUUGCAAGAACUAAAAUAUAAUUCAUUUCAAAGAAUAUCUCAUGGUUCAGAACAUGAUCUU